UCUUCGGAGCCCGCCGGCUGCUUGCUGCUGCGGCUGCGCCUCCUUGUUCCUCGCGUCACCGCUGCCGCCAUGCCGGGAGGGCUGCUUCUCGGGGACGAAGCCCCCAACUUUGAGGCCAAUACCACCAUCGGCCCAAUCCGCUUCCACGAUUUCCUGGGAGACUCAUGGGGCAUUCUCUUUUCUCACCCGCGGGACUUUACCCCAGUGUGCACCACAGAGCUUGGCAGAGCGGCAAAGCUGGCGCCAGAGUUUGCCAAGAUGAAUGUUAAGAUGAUCGCUCUUUCGAUAGAUAGUGUUGAGGACCAUCUUGCCUGGAGCAAGGACAUCAAUGCUUACAAUGGUGAUGAGCCCACAGAAAAGCUCCCGUUCCCCAUCAUCGAUGACAAGAAGAGGGAACUUGCCGUCCUUUUGGGCAUGCUGGAUCCGUCAGAGAAGGAUGAAAAGGGCAUGCCCGUGACGGCCCGUGUGGUGUUCAUUUUUGGCCCUGACAAGAAACUGAAGCUAUCUAUCCUCUACCCAGCCACCACUGGCAGGAACUUUGAUGAGAUUCUCAGAGUAAUUAAGUCUCUCCAGCUGACAGCAACAAAACGGGUUGCUACCCCGGUUGAUUGGAAGGAGGGCGAAAGCGUCAUGGUCCUGCCCACUAUCCUUGAAGAGGAAGCCAAAAGUCUAUUUCCCAAAGGAGUCUUCACCAAAGAUCUCCCGUCUGGCAAGAAGUACCUCCGGUAUACCCCGCAGCCUUAAGUCUUUGUGGGAGCUGGCUGCAGCUGCUUGGACACAGUGGACCUGAGGAUACCAGCUGACCGCUAUCUGUCCUCGCCCAGUUCCAUAGAAACCUCCUGCUGUGUGAUCACAGCCAAAGUCAUUAGGUCACUUUACUACUGGCUCAUUAAAUGGAAAUGGCACCAA